AUGGACACAAAACGACAACGUCACUUUAAUAGCUCGAUUGAGACGUCAUGUACUGAAGUGCGCCACUAUCUGACCAAGACGGACGAGCAGGAGGCGCUUGAUGUUCUGCGUGACCAGUUUUGGCAUGACCAGAAGUGUAUCACCUCAAACGACGUGCGCUCCGUUGUGCGUGCAGUUGCCAACCGUAGAAGCACCACCAGCUUGCCACUCGACUUUCCGCCCAUGUGUUGGAUCCACGAGUUCAAGCGUGUGCACGGCUUCGCGCACGCUGGCGGCAUCUUCGCGGUCGGACUGCCUGGGUGCCUCAGCACGAGUAGUCGCAGCAGCAGCAUCACACGUGCAACAUCCACUAGUCCGGUCAGUGGAGACAGUAGUGACGACGACGAGAGAGGUGGGAACGAACAGUCCUUGAGAUGCUACGACACAGCACGCAAUUCCGAUACGCUGAUGCGGUUCAACAUGCGAUCAACGUACGAAAGUGAAUCGCAGAUGGAGCACACUCGUCAGCAGCAAAAGCAACGCCGGUCCCUCGUUAUAGACAACCACCGUGCACAAAGCGCAUGGACCCAGUGCGAUCAAACAUGGGGCAGAAAUGAACUCGGCAUCAGUGCCAGCAGUGGCAGCUGUGGCAGCGGUGACAGUGAGAAUGGCACGACGACGGGAGCUAGCAGUAGCUCAAGUGUCACUACGGCUCCUUCCACUGCAAGCUCGGACAACAAGGUGUAUAGCUGUGCCGCACCCGGCACUCGCGAGCCAACGUUUAGCGCGAAACGAGGCUACAAGUUGAGCCACACAGUGUCGCCUGAGACGUGGGAAAAAGCAAUCGCGAGUGUAGAGCAGCAGGGGAUGAGUCUACGCGCCGCUGCCAAGAUUUACGGCGUGCACUUUGCAGCUCUUCAUCGUCGCGUGAAGAAGCGUGCGCAGGGAGGACAGUCAUCCAAGGACACCAGUGGUUAUUUUCACCAAAGCGAUGAGGCUGGAAUCAUGCGCGUGGUGGUGGCCCGCGCGGAGUUGGGCGUGCUGAUGACAUUUAAUGAGCUCAUGAACCUAGUGGAGGCUACUGCGUUGCGCAAACUACCAGACAUCUCGGUGGCAAAUGCGCGCAAGUUAAUGGCACGCUUUCAGUCACGCAACGAAAAGUCGGUCUGGCAUAUUAUCGUGGACUGGCCGUCACCAGCGCUUACAAAGUCGUCAAGCCCAGUGGUUAAUCACCAUUACCUGGAACAUCCAGGCUACGAUACCGAGUCCCUGUGCUCAUCAUCAGCAAGUAUGCAGCGAGCAUUUUCAGCUCAUGCUGCGGUUGGCUCCGCAACGGCAGCAGUUGCGCCUGCAUUGCCAUUACAUAUUUCGUUACUUUCCUCCUCGAUUGGUGGAAGUACCUCCUCCAUCAAUGGCAACCGACCCAUGUUGCCGAGUUUGAAUGUUGGUGUGAAAUUCUCACGGCCCCUUGUUCCGCAGCAGCAAGAGCAACUUUAA